GUCGAUGCGCGUUCACAGCGUAGCCGGCGUUAGAUCAGCGCCAGUGUCUGGAUAACGGCUUACUGGGACUGGGAGUCGCGGGUUAAAAACGGUGCACUGGGAGAAAACGGACAUACAUGUGGUUAAAUGUGUGUGAGAAACAGAGAUAGGAAGAAAAAUGACACUGAAUUAUUUAUUCAGCAGCCCGGAGCUGGACUGAGCGACCUCGGGAACGGACAUACCGGUAUUUGUGUCGCUUUUUGUUCUCGAUUUGAGACACUUUCAGCUUUUAACUAAGAAUACAGAGCACUGUCGGGGUUUAAUGGUUUUUUUCUUUUCGUUGUUUUUUCGCGUGUCGUUUUUAAAAACGAGUAAACAGCAGAGCCUGGGCUAACAGCCGGGUAUCCUUACAGGAAAGCACCGGAAUUAACCGACGUGUCUUUCUCAUUAGCGCUAAUUGCAGAACAAAUGGCUAAAAUUUCCAGAAGUGAAACACACUGCAUCUCUUAGUUUCUUCUCAUAGCGGAAUUUUUUUCAAAUGUACAAUUUUUCAGCAACUAGGGUAUUAGACUAAUAAAAGACAUUUUUAAAAUUAUUAUUAUUAUUAUUAUUAUUAUAUAUUCCCUGUUUUAUGAAACAUGGCGCAGUGUUUGUUUAGUUAACACAGGUUAAAGUAGGCUAGUUAAUAAUCCGGGUAACUGCACCACCAGGUGUGUUGGUAUGAGCCCUAGAUGCCAGUCACGUGCUGUGGGCGUGUCCAUCACCUUGCGUCUCCAAGGAGACUGAUGGACAAAGCGGGAAUUGGCAUCUGCCUAAGUCAGCCCCUGUCCAAGGCAAAGGUCACCGGGGGCGUGUCCUCGAUGCCUCGGCCUGCUCCGAGUUUGGAGGGCGUGGAGGAGCGGGACGAGGAGCAGGAGGACGACGGAGAGGAAGAUCUGCGAGACGGAGGGAUUCCGUUCAUCGUGAAUCGGGGAGGCUUGCCAGUGAAUGAAGAAACCUGGGAGCAGAUGUGGAGACACGUGACCCGGAUCCACCCAGAAGGAGUGGAAGUGGAGAAGAGGAUCCGGGGAUCCACCGACCUGCCGAAGAUUCCUGUACCUACUGUGCCUACAAACCAGCCAACCACCAGUGUUCCACAUCGCCUGGAAGCCAUACAGAAAUACAUCAGGGAGUUGCAGUACAAUCACACUGGAACCCAGUUUUUCGAGAUCAAGAAGAGCAGACCUCUCACAGCGUUAAUGGACAUAGCAAAGGAAAUGACCAGAGAAUGUCUACCAAUCAAAUGUUUGGAGGCUGUAAUCCUUGGAAUUUACCUCACCAACAAUAUGUCAACUGUGGAGCGCUUCCCCAUUAGCUUUAAAACUCAGUUCUCAGGGAGCCACUUUCGCCACAUUGUGCUGGGGAUCCACAGCGGCGGUCGGUUCGGGGCUCUCGGGAUCAGUCGGCGCGUAGAUCUGAUGUUCAAGCCACUCGAGUAUCGCACGCUCGCCGACUUGUUACAGGAGUUUCAGACUGCCUAUAAGGGUUACUGGCACACACUGCGCAAAGUGAAGAUCGGUCAGUAUGUGUCGCACGACCCACACAGCGUGGAGCAGAUCGAAUGGAAGCACUCGGUGCUGGAUGUAGAAAAACUGUCGAAAGAGGAACUGAGGAAGGAGCUGGAGAGGCAUACGCGUGACAUGAGACUGAAGAUUGGCAAACCUGCACCUGUUUCACCCACCAAGGACAGAAGGAAAGACAUGGGCUCUCCUCUGCGUAACCCAAGCAGCCCCAUGCGCAAGAACAGCCGCAGUGAGAGGAGGCUGUCAGGUGAGAAGAAAUCUCUGGAACCAAAAACCCCAGCUGAUAUAAAUGGAUACCAGAUUAGGGUGUGAGGAGGUCCCUUACUCAUGAACCACACAAUUCACACCACCCUGGGAGAUAAAAAGACAACACAAAACAGAAAAAAGUCUACACAAGACUUUAAAGAAGGUUUUAAAGGACAAAAAUGUUUUUAAACACAUGAGACAAUACAUCAUGGAUGAACUGUAUCACAAAAUAGUAGUCAAUUUUUUGCAAACGUGAUGCCAUGUCACUUUUAACAAAUCAGCUGAGCAGCUCCACUUCAAGCAACCACUUUUGUAGACAUUCAACCGAGUUGUAAAUUUACUGCACUCCGUUACUUUCUAACUGUGUAAAUAUGGCCGUGUUCUUACCUGUUUAUCUUGUUUUUUUGGGGUUUUUUUUCUUUUCCCCCUAGUUUUUAGUCCACUUGUCCGGUGCCUUGUAAACGCCUCACAAUCAAGCCACCCUUGUGUUAGCAUGGCUCGAUGGGUUUCAGUUGCUCGACCGUCAACAAAACUUUCAAAUUGUCUGAAGGUAGGCAGCUGCUGGCAACAAUCUGAAAGGCAACAUGUUAUUGUUGCCUCUGUAAAUGAAAAAUACACCAGUGUCAGUGGUUAACUCUGUUACAGUGCUUAAAUAUUAUUUCCACCCUAAUUUAAAACCACUGUUUGAAUUCCGUGUCCUACACAGAUAAGUCAGAAAAUGUCAUAGUGUAAAAGAAAAAGAGGGAUUUUUAAAAAUUUUAUUUAAUUACAUUUUUGUUUGUUACUGUCUUGCAAUCUUCACAUUUCUAUAAUGUAGUUUUGUUUAUUAGCUCUUUUAAUAUCAUGUUCGACUGCUUUGUAUAGUACACAAGCAACAAUGUGCCGUGUGUCUUGUUCUUAAUCGUCACAGUCCAGUGGAUGUGUGUGUGCUCUACAGAGCACCAGUAGUGCAGUAAGCAUCAGAAAGAAUGAAAAUGACUGAACUGACAUAAAGGUCAUGGUUCAGACUUUCAGCUUGCCAUUUUUCAUUGUGUAACAAUUAAAUUGUGGACAGGAAAGUUUUAGCGUUGGACUGAACAAACCAGUGUGGCCAAACAUUAGCCUUACUUCCCACCACUAUUUAGGCAGCCACAUUUGACUGAGUUUUUGUUACUUUUUGUACUUUUGUGUUAUUUUAAACAGAUAAAGAUGAUGAGUCUUAUUCUUUUUAUUAUUAUUAUUAUUAUUAUUAUUAUUAUUAAACGUUGACAUUUUACCCAUU